GUGACGCCCCGCAGUCCGCCUGACUCCGGGCGGCGGAGGUGGGGUGCAGGCUGGGAAGGCCCGGGUUGCGGGGUCGGGGCGGUGGGCCCGAACUAGCGGAGGCUGGGGCUACGAGCUCAGGGCUGUGGCGGCCAGACCAGGCUCCACGCGAUUGUCCAGGGUCAGGAGUCAGAGCUGCAGGUGCAGGACAGGGCGGGCCAGGUGGCACAUUACUAGCGCCUUUCGCGUUGCAUUCUUGGGAUUGCCUAGCUGCGCUCUAGAGGUUUGCAUCCGCCCAGUGAGGAAACUGAGGGCGAAAAGUGGGAGGAGGUUCCAUCUACAGGGCCAGUCCACCUGCACCCCUCCCCACUGCACUUCUCCGCGACGCCGCAGGCGCUUCCCUGAAGGAGGAGCCCCGCGCGCGGAGGAGGAGCCAGGGCAGCCCCCGGGAGCCAGAACACCAUUCUCCAGGAUAAGAGACAGAUUCUGACAGGCACCCCGCCACGGGCAGGAGGGGCACAGCCUCAUGGAAGAGAAGCAAAUUCUAUGCGUGGGGCUGGUGGUGCUGGACAUCAUCAAUGUGGUGGACAAGUACCCGGAGGAGGACACGGAUAGCAGGUGUCUCUCCCAGAGAUGGCAACGUGGAGGCAACGCGUCCAACUCCUGCACCGUCCUGUCCCUGCUCGGAGCCCCCUGUGCCUUCAUGGGCUCGCUGGCCUCUGGCCCUGUUGCCGACUCCAGGCUCUGCACCCCUGCCAGGCCCCUCUUGCACAGCCUGUAGCAAACUGGGAUUCUUAGUUCUCUCUCAGCCCCCUCUGCUCACACCUUGCUUUUCAGGGUCCCUAGUGGCCCUGCCAGCUGCCCUCCAGUCCCCCAAACCCUUGCCGAACUGCACCUCCCCUGGGUUACUCCACCCUGGCAGUUUUGUCCUGGAUGACCUCCGUCGCUAUUCCGUGGACCUACGCUACACGGUCUUUCAGACCUUGGGCUCCAUCCCCAUCUCCACAGUCAUCAUCAACGAGACCAGUGGUAGCCGCACCAUCCUCCAUGCCUACAGGAACCUACCAGAUGUGUCUGCUAAGGACUUUGAGAAGGUGGAUCUGACGCGGUUCAAGUGGAUUCACAUUGAGGGCAGGAAUGUUUCAGAACAGGUAAAGAUGCUGCAGCGGAUAGAGCAUCACAAUGCCAGGCAGCCUCCAGAGCAGAAGAUCCGGGUAUCCGUGGAGAUAGAGAAGCCCCGAGAGGAGCUGUUCCAGCUGUUUGGCUAUGGGGAGUUGGUGUUUGUCAGCAAAGAUGUGGCCAAGCACCUGGGGUUCCAGUCAGCAGUGGAAGCCCUGAGGGGCUUGUAUGGUCGUGUGAGGAAAGGGGCCACCCUUGUCUGUGCCUGGGCUGAGGAGGGUGCUGAUGUCCUGGGCCCUGAUGGCCAGCUGCUCCAUUCGGAUGCCUUCCCACCACCCCGGGUAGUGGACACUCUGGGGGCUGGAGAUACCUUCAAUGCCUCUGUCAUCUUCAGCCUCGCCCAGGGCAAGAGCAUGCAGGAGGCACUGAGAUUUGGCUGCCAGGUGGCUGGCAAGAAGUGUGGCCUACAGGGGUUUGAUGGCAUCGUGUGAGGGCCAUGUGGCAGGAGACACGGGCUCAUCGUCUCCCUUGAAGGCUGGCAUCACUGGCUACCACUGCCUUCGCCCUUCGUCUAGCCUGGCAUCCAGGCUGCCCUGAACCCAGGCAGAUGUGGUCAGUGGGAAGGACUCUGCCUGUGUCCUGUGUCCUUUGUCCCUCCCUUUCCCCAUAUCUCACCCUGCAGAGCCUCAGAUCAAAUAAAUCUUCCCCUGAGCCAGUUUCCUCUGGCCACCUA